CGGUCCCCUCGCCGCGUCCGUCAGUGUUACUCGGGCCGCGUCACAAACGGUACCAUUACACUGCGCCACAAUGAGAUUCGCAGCGCUUAUUGCGCUGUUCACGAUUGCGUCCGCCACGGAGCUAUCACCGGUGGACAACGUUCGUGCCAAGUUUUACCUGCUGGAGCGCGAUCUGUGGAAGAAUGUGGUCGACCCUGCGUGGAGAGACAGCGGCCUCGGCGGGGACGUCGAACUCACAAAGGCCUUUGUCGGUUUGGACGAUGAGAUACAGGCCGUGCCGUACGCGCCUCAGCCGCAGCUGAGCUCCUGGAUAUGGAGCACGGCGCUGGAGAAGAUGCACAUCAUCAACGGACUGUACAAGAGCUUCGUGGAGUUCGCGCGGCGGCAGGCGACUCCGGGCGCGGUGCCGGCGCCGACGCGCGAUUGGCUCGACAUGGCCGAGGCGAUCCUCAAGGACCCCAGGUCGUCGGUGAGGUACGCGAUGAAGAAGCUCGACGACCUGCUGGCCCAUCUCGACAGAGCGCUGUUCUUCUCCGCUAAAGAGGACGAGGCCUCGGAAACAUGCACGGCUGCCAUGUCUCCACACCAGCUCAUCUUCGAUAUCUACAACACGGUCGCGCUCACCGAGAUCAAGGGUUACGCCAUGAUGCAAUUCUCGUGGAUGCUGCUCAGGAUAUACGGGAAAGGUAACUUCACGCAAGAGGCGAGUUUGACGAGGCAGAGGUACAGCCAGAGGACCGCGCAGGCCGCAGCAGUCGCCAAGAGUGCGCUAUCCGAAGCCAGUCGCGAUCUGUACAUGUGCGAUCCGCCUAUGCAUAUUGAAGGAUCUACGUACGAGCAAGUGACACGACUACUGCAGGGCUACGUGGAGAACGAAGUAGAUAUGAACACGGAUGGUACAUGCAAGGAGAACUGCGCGCACUACACGCUGGCAGAGAAGCACGGCUGCUACAUGGAUCAGUUCUGCGCGAAGCAGACACCAUGUAGGGGCAGGAUCAUCGAUUGUCAGUACCUAGACUCGGACAUGUGGGUGUGCCCGGCGAGUCGCAAUAGCAACAGGCGUUACGAAUGGAUCGAAUACGAAAACGGACGUAAAUUGGGCAAUGUUGGAAGCUGCUCGCGCGGCACUACCAAGGUGGACUCCUGGUGGAGAUGGAACCUUCUACACUGCUCGUAUUGCUUUUGUCUGUGCGAAGACGAUGUCAACAGUUCUGAGCGCUUUUUCAGCAUGAAAGAAGCGACGGCUGAUAUAUCCAACAACAAGGUAGUGACUGGCUUACGUCUUGUGAAGAUCGGACGGGUGUUCCAUUUACAAGUGCAUGAGGGCACGCUGAAGGAGCGCGGCUCGGUGGAGCCGUCAGGCUGGGUGCCGGUGAACAAAUUUGAUCCUAAUGACCCUGGCAUGAUGGACGGGAUCGACUACCACACGCUGACUUACGAGAAACGAGCCAUCGAUCUGGAUGAACUAGAUUCGCCCGAAGGACACGUGCUGACCGGAGUCAGAUUCCGCGUAAUCGGCGCUCACUUGCACUUCGAAAUCCGUUCAACGCCAUUCAACUACACGACGGGACGUCUUUCGCCCAGUAAAAGUCAGUGGGUCAGCAACGACAACACUGAGGGAUCAGACACCCCAAGAUCUAAAUUGGAGUUAAAGACGCCAGAUCUGCCCACGCGCAGUCACACGCGGAUGGAGGUGGACU